AUGAACGGGGGUCCGAGAGAUGAGGAGGAGGAGGAGGAGAAGAGGGAGGAAAAGGGUAGGAAGACCUACAUCUCCACGUUCCGGCUAAACAUCCAGCCCAGUGCGGGGCCGCGGGGCAAGGACGUGGAGGAGGUGGUGGAAGAGGGGCGGCAGAAGGGGGAUUGCAGAGAGUCCCCGGCCCUUCAGCAUGGACCAACAGAGGAGUCGCCCUCAGCAGGAAGACGAAAGAGUUCCACUGUACCAUGGAAACCCAGGGCGACACUGAAGGAGGUGGGGCGCCGAGACACCUGGAGCUCUGACACUAAACCCACAAGCCCUUCUCCGGCAAAGGUUGAUAAGAAAGGAGUGGUGGUGGAGUUUGGGGCCUGUGAGGAGCAGCUGGAGGUCCAGCGUGGAGCACAGACCAGACUCCACUGUUCCUUCAGCAGCAGCUCUCUGCCUGUGGCCUGCUGCUGGAUCCACAACAGAGAGAAGGAAGUUGUCGACGGACCUCAGACCCGCGUCAGCAGCAGCCAAUCAGAAAGCACGCUGCUAAUCAGCCACACAAUGCCCCGCCACAGGGGAACGUACACGCUGGUUGUACGACACCGCCACGGCCUUCAGCACCACAGCAUCUACCUCAGUGUCAUUGAGGCUCCCCAAGCGCCUGGCUCCCCCCCCGUGGUGUCCCAGCUGUCCACCCACUCCCUGGUGCUGUCCUGGGGCGGCCCCAAUUACGACGGGGGCUCCGCCAUCCUGGGCUACGUGGUGGAGAAGAGGGCGGUGGGCCCGGGCCAAGCAGGGGACUGGAGUGUGGUGGCCAACCGAUGCAUGAGCACCUCCCUGCGGGUACGAUCGGGACUGGAGCCCCAGGUUCCCUACCGGUUCCGCGUCAGGGCCUACAACUUUUCGGGUGCCAGUGAACCGAGUGAGGAGUCGGAGCUGGUCAAACUGGAGACAGCGGGGGGAAAGGAGGAGGAGCCGACGUACGUCACGGUGACCGUAGACACCAAGAAUACAGUCAGCGACCACUAUACCGUGGGCAAGAAACUGGGCGUGGGGCGGUUCGGCCAGGUGCUCCUGCUCCACCACAAGCAGUCCGGAGAGGUCUACGCCGGCAAGUUCUACCGCGGCCACACGGCCAAGGAGCGGGCGGCGGCGCGCAGGGAGAUGGACAUCAUGAACCUGCUGCACCACCCCAAGCUGGUCCAGUACCUCGCCGCGUACGACACCGCCUCGGAGGUCGUCAUGGUGAUGGAGUACAUCACAGGCGGCGAGCUGUUUGAGCGCAUCGUGCACGAGAGCUUCGAGCACACGGAGCCCACCAGCGUGCGCUACAUGAAGCAGAUCCUGGAGGGCAUGCAGUACGUGCACAAGCAGAACAUCGUGCACCUGGACCUCAAGCCCGAGAACAUCGUGUGCGUCGACUCCACCGACAUCCAGGUCAAGAUCAUCGACUUCGGCCUGGCCAGCAAGCUGGAGCCCGAUAAAGUGCUGAAGGUGAUGCACGGCACCCCAGAGUUCAUGGCCCCCGAGGUGGUCAACUACGAGCCGGUGGGCCUUGAGACUGACAUGUGGAGCAUCGGAGUCAUCUGUUACAUCCUGCUGAGCGGGGAGAGCCCCUUCCAGGGAGACAACGUCACGGAGACCCAGGCUCUGGUGACGGCGGCCCGCUACGAGUUUGACGAGGAGAGCUUCGAGGACAUCUCGGACGAGGCCAGAGGCUUCAUCAGCUCCCUGCUGCAAAAGGACCUGAGGAACAGGCUGUCAUGUGACCAGGCGUUGGCCCACCCCUGGAUGGCGUACUACUCCCGCCCCCCCAACAGAAACCGGACUCUGAGCAAGAAGAAGAUGAAAACCUUCCUGGCGCGCCGCAAGUGGAAGAAAACAGCCUGGGCUGUAAAGGCCCUCAACCGGAUGGCGGCCCUGUCCUUCCGACCCGACUUCCCUGCAGAGCCCAGCGAGGAGCUGGCGUGGGGCGGCGAGGCGGAGCAGGCCAUCCAGAGGCUUGACGAGCAGCUCCAUAAGGAGCCCCGCUUCAAGCUGACCCUGAGGGACGCCGUGCCGGCGGAGGGGGGGACCGCCCGGCUCAGCUGCGUGGUCGACGGUUACCCUCAACCUGCCAUAGAGUGGCUCCUGAACAACGAGCGGUUGGUAGAAACAUCGAGGACGACUGCAGAGCAAAGCGAGGAGGGGAGCUGCUCGCUAGUCCUUACCGGUCUGCAACAGUCGGACUCUGGGAUUUACUCCUGCAGAGCCACCAACGACCUCGGGGAGGCGCUGUGCUCGGCAAAACUGAGAGUCGUUCUAGAAUAGUUCUAAUUUGACCAGAGCUGGACAUGGAUUUGUAUGAAACUCGUCUAGGACUUAAAAUUCAACACCACCAGCCACUUCAAGCAAACAAAUGGACAGUGUUUGGAUGGAAUGCAUUCACCAGGUCAAGAACAAUUUCAUUUUUAUCUUCUUUGUUGCCUUAAAAACUCCCUACAGGAAUUUACAAGUCUAACAUAUGAGCUAUAAUGUAUAGCUAUAACUACUUUUUUUUUUUUU